AUGGUUGGUUACCAUGGUCUCUGCCCUUGUAAACAUUGAUGGUUUCCUUUUAGAUAACCGCUUCUUUCAGUUUGCUCUGCCAAUGUAGUAUUUCUUUACAUUCUGUUUGUAAUUGUAUAUAGUGAUGUGAAUUUGGUGUGGUGGGCAUGGCAAAAAAAGGUGGAACAAGUGAAAUAAAUGGGUUUGUGAGUAUUAAAACUGAUGAUGGUAACAAAACUAGACAAAAGAUUUCAACUAGAACUGCAGGACCUGUUACUGAUAUCAAAAGUAAUACAUCCAAAAGUAGUAUAAAAGAAAAACUUAAUGAAGCCGAAAAAUCUGUGAAAUUAAUAAACAAAGUUGCAGUUGGAAAUAAAACUAAGCUAGGAAGUAAUGUUACAAAAGUAAUAAACAAAGAUAUCGUUGAAAAGAAAACAAAGAGAGAAAGUAGUAUUAACAAAGUAGUAAGCAAAAAUGUAAUUGAAAGUAAAACAAAUCAUGAAGGCAGAGUUAGUAAAGUAGUUAACAAAGAUGUAGUUAAGAAUAAAACAAAGCAAGAAAGUGUUGCCAAAGUAAGUCAAUCCAGUAAAAAUAUUACUCCUAAUCCCAAAAAUCGAGUAAAUGUUAAUACUUCAAAAACAAAUGAACCAAGUAGCAAAGCUAUCAUAGAAACAACUAAUAAAAAUCCAGUGGUUAAAGGAAAAAAUGAAGUCACAGCUAGCAAAAGAUUACCAACAGAAAAAAAAAUUAGCAACAGACCUAUUGUGGCUGAAGAUAUAUCAAAGUCAAAGAGGAGUACUAAACCAGCUGAAAGAGGAACAUCUAUCAUUGCUAGCAAAAGCUCUGAAAAAGUACAAAGGAGCACUUCAAACAAUACCAAGUUCAAAAGUAUAUCAAAAGAUUCUUUUAUCAAAGAAAAAAAAAAUGAAUUGGAAAAUAGUAAAACUGAAGCUAGUAAAAAAUCAAGUUUCAACAAAAAAACUGAACGUAAUGAAACUGCUGAAAGAAAUGUUGCUCUGAAAAGCAGCAUUUCAACAAAAAAUGGAAAUGUUUUAAUGAAACAAAAUUCAGUUAAGCAGCCUAAAUCUUAUACCAUUGAAAAGGAUGCUAAGUCUUUAAGUAAGAAAAAGGUCACUAAUCAAGAGUAUUUGCAGGAUGUUAAUAUAUCUGAAAUCUCUAACAUACAAAUGGAAUUACCGAAGGAUGAUGAAACUGUUAAAAAUAAUUACAAGGAUAUGAUAUAUUUUGAAGUUGACAUGGUCGAUUCUAAACGGUCAACCGAACGAGUUCAAAGUGCUCGAAUCAAGAGUGCUACUUCUCAACCUCGUCCUGUUACUAGACAAGGAACAUUUACGAAGGAUGAAAGUCUAAACUAUUUAGAAUCAGAAGUAAAGGAAACCUCUGUUGAAGAACAUCAUACGGAAACUCAGGAUAAUAGUGAAGAAAUAGAAUAUGAAGAUGAUUUUGAGGAUUAUGAAUCCGAUUUUGAAGAAUAUGUUUCUGAAUCAGAGUCAGAAUCUGGCUUAAGCUCGAAAUCGGAAACAGACUCCCAGAAAGAUGAAAUUAAACCUUCAAUGAAAACAGAACCUAUGAAAGUGCUUAAAUCCGUGAAGAAGGUUGUCGAAGAAGAAAGAAAACUUGAUUCUGGAAAUUAUGAUUUGUCAUCUAAAACAGUUUUUCCGUCAUCAAUUAAACAAAAACAGUUAGACCUGAUUAAAGAAGCCAUAAGUCAAGAAAAUAUUUCAUUGUUUGAAAAAAGAAAGAAAACUAUUAUUCCUGAAGAAGAGAAAAAAGAUGAAAGUAAAGUUGUAGUUUUGGACUUUUUAAAUGCAUUGAAAAAAAAAGAUCAUGUUCAACAGGUUGAAAAGGAAAAGCUGAGGAGUUCCAUUAUUCUUGAAAUGAUCAGUUUGCAUGAACAAAAAAUUGAUUUAUUUGAAGGCAUAUUUUCUGAUGACGAUAUUUUUGAAGAUAUUUAUCAAAAUAAAAAUGUUUCUCAUGUUUUCUCUCAAACAAAGUCAAUAUCGAAUGAAGAAUCUUCGCAAACAAAUGAUAUAUUGUUCCAAAAUAUGUGGACCCAAUAUCCGAUAAGUUAUCAUUCUUGGACCAGCACAUCUUUCAGUUUCAUUGAAUUUAUGGAGGACCAAAGGGGAUAUGGAGGAGAUAAUCUCACCAUUGAUUACAAAUCCUGGUGGAACACAAAAUAUAAUGUAAAGAAGUUGUACAAUUUCAUUGAUUCUACUUCAAAGGUUGUACUAAUUUUGUUGGAAGAAGAAGCCAGAUGGAGGUCAAAUGAAAAAAAUAUGUCUAUUGCUGAUCCCAAAAAUGACCUCGGGUUUAGUGCUGGCUGUAUUUCUAUGCAAACUGAAAAAUUAAUUUUUCUCCACGAGCGACCUAUCUGUGAUAUAGUUUUUUCACCACAUGAUUCUAAUAUCUUUGUAUCCUCACACAGAUUUGCCCAAGAUAUUGAAAAAUUACCUUCUUUCAAUGAUCAGUUUUUUGGAAGAAGUAUUUUGUGUGUCUGGAAUAUGCUUCAGCCAUCUCAACCACUACAUUUACUUGUUGCUUCAUGCCAGAUUUGUGCAGUUACUUUUGAUUCAGAGUACGAUAACUUUGUUUAUGCAGGCCUUACUGAUGGAUCAGUGUGCCUGUGGGAUCUGAAUGAAUCCAGUAUGUAUCACAAAGAAUCAACUGCAGGCUCAAUGGAAUAUUUGCUUAGAACUCCGACUUUCUGCACCUCCCAUUUAGCUGGAAAAGACUAUCAUCAUAACGUAAUAGUUUCGAUAAAAUCAAUUGGUUAUGAAAGCUAUGGAAAGUUAUCAUCACAAAAAUUCAAUCCCACUCAGAUCAUUACUUUGGAUACAGAUGGCAUAGUGGUGUUGUGGAUUGUUACUCCUACAUUGUCUGCUUUAGAGAGGACUGAUUAUAGUUUUGAUAAGGUUGACUAUGGAAUAUCUCAUUGGGGAAAGUUUAAACUAGUUAUGGGAAAGACAUUAAAUCCAAAUAGUAUUUUGCCUGAUUCAGAGAGAAAAUGGGGUUUACAAUUUUUGAGCAUGAAUUUGGCUCCUGAUUAUGAUUGUAAUGAAAAAAAACAUAUGAAGAGCAUUCUGGUAGGGACAAAUGUUGGAAAUAUCAUUCAUUUCUACACAACUGAGGAUGAAGUUGAUGUUCCCGUUUUUACAAAUGAAUUGGGAGAUAAGUAUGCGAUGUCAGUGACGUCUAUAGAGAGAAAUCCUCAUGGUUUUCCAUUGUUUGUGGCUGGUUGUAAUGAUGGUAAUAUUAGGUUUUAUGUACUUGAUAAACCUGAACCAUUUAAAAUUAUUUCCUUUGACGAAGAUUUUGUACAUACUCCAAUAAUAAAGAUAAGAUGGUCACCUCUAGGGCUUGGACUUUUCUUUGUUUUAGACAAAAACUUCAGUCUUCAUUUCUGGGAUAUUUGUAAAGAGGGUCAUUUUCCUCAAAUUUCAGUUUCUAUGAAGCCAUUACAGGCAGCACAUUUUGAUGUGACUUGUGAUGAGCAAUCUGUAUAUAUUGGCCUUUCUAUUCAGAGGUUUGGAAUUGAUGUUCAUCGUGUGGAAGAUAAAUUUAUCACAACAAAUUCUGAAGACGAAAAUGAAUUUUUUAUAAAAUUAAUCAAGAGCAAUUCAGGUCUUUUUGAUGAAAAUAGUUUUGAUUCAAUGAGUUAAAUUGUUUCAAUUUCUAAUUAUUAUUUUUAUAUCCUGUAUGUACUUUAGAAUAGUUAUUUAUAUUUGUGAUAAUAAAGAAAUAUAUUUUUUAAUGAUAA